AAGCCUGAACUGUUUUCCGACAGUCCCAGUGUGGGUCUGAGAUGAGGACCGAGCCCCAAAAUCCUGACCCACAGUGCCAGGGGUUACCCUGUACACGUCUUUGCCUGAAGGGGUUUUCCAUCAGCGACAGGAGCAAAUUAAAGCCCAGGACAUGGGAGAGCCGAGCUCAGCCAAGGCUUUGCUGAGGUCUCCAGCUGCACUGAACCCCCUGGUGCUCUGUUCCCUGUGUGUGAAGUUUUCCUUCUCACGUUAUGUCGCCAGCGCUGGCUGGUGCGACCGCCGUGUGACACAUCGACGGGCUGGGAAGGAAAGUCAGACCUGGCGAGGAGACCUGCCAGCCACGGAUGGCUGACUUGGAGAGACUGUUGCUUCCUGUGACCGAGUGAAGCUUUGGGUGGAUGUUGGGCCACGGCGCUUGAAUGGGUUUCCUCGCUCAAGCAUCAGGAAUGACCUUGAGGAGGAACCCGAAAUAUGCAGCCGAGUGCAAAAAUGAAUCUUUUGGGGAGGAAGAAAAAGCGAAGCUCUGACUGAAGGCACCGGCCCUGGUCGUGGGUGUUAUGUGCUCUGGGUGGGGGGGGACAGGCAGGGCAGGCGGCAGCAGGGGCUGAGCGGUGCCAGGGGCUCUCAUGGAGCAUCUUCUCCCGCGGAUGCUGUCCCCACCCGGCUGUUGCCCCGUGCCCCGCUCUGGAUGCGCCCUGUGAACCUUUCCUGCCUGGGAGGAAGCUGGUCCCACCAGCCGAAAAUGAGACGCUUCCAAACCAGCUCGCUUCUGCUCUGCGUGGUGGCCGCCGCCGCCAUCCCCAUCGUGCCCUGGAAGGUCAAAUGCCCACCGCAGUGCGUCUGCCAGAUCCGGCCGUGGUACACCCCCCGCUCGGUGUACCGGGAGGCUGCCACGGUGGACUGCAAUGACUUGUUCAUCUCCGCCGUGCCCGAAGAUCUGCCGGAAGGCACCCAGACCCUCCUCUUGCAAAGCAACAAUAUCGCCAGGCUUGAGCAGAGCGAGCUGGACUAUCUCAGAAACCUCUCGGAGCUGGAUCUGUCGCAGAACAGCUUCUCCGAUGUCUGGGACUUUGGCCUGAAGAGCAUGCCCCAGCUGCUCAGCCUGCACCUGGAGGAGAACCAGCUUUCAGAACUGCCCGAUGGCAGCUUCCCCGGGCUGGGCAACCUGCAGGAGCUCUACCUGAACCACAACCAGCUCCGCAGGAUUGCUCCCCAUGCCUUCUCUGGCCUCGGCAGCCUGCUGCGCCUCCACCUCAACUCCAACCUGCUGAGGACGGUCGACAGCCGUUGGUUCCAGAUGCUCCCCAGCCUGGAGAUCCUCAUGAUCGGAGGCAACAGGGUGGAUGCGAUCUUGGAUAUGAACUUCAGGCCCCUGUCGAACCUGCGGAGUUUGGUUUUGGCUGGGAUGAAUCUGAGGGAGAUCUCGGACUAUGCGCUGGAAGGGCUGCGGAGCCUGGAGAGCCUCUCCUUCUAUGACAACAAGCUCAUGAAUGUCCCCAAGCGGGCGCUGCAGCAAGUUCCUGGCCUCAAGUUCCUGGAUCUGAACAAAAACCCGUUGCAGAGGGUCAAGCAAAGUGACUUCACGAACAUGCUGCACCUCAAAGAGCUGGGGCUCAACAACAUGGAGGAGCUGGUGUCCAUAGACCAGUUUGCCUUGAUCAACCUCCCCGAGCUGACCAAGCUAGAUGUGACCAACAACCCCAAGCUGUCCUUUAUCCACCCCAACGCGUUCCACCACCUUCCCCAACUGGAAACCCUCAUGCUCAACAACAACGCCCUAAGUGCCUUGCAUAAGCAGACGGUUGAGUCCCUGCCCAACCUCCAGGAGAUCAGCAUCCACAGCAACCCCAUCCGCUGCGACUGUGUCAUCCGCUGGGUCAACAGCACCGAAAACCACAUCCGCUUCAUCGAGCCCCAGUCCACGCUCUGCGCCGAGCCCCCCGACCUCAAGAGGAGGCACAUUCGGGAUGUCCCCUUCCGGGAGAUGACAGAUCGCUGCCUGCCUCUCAUCUCCACCAAGAGCUUCCCCUCCCGCUUGGAGGUGGCGGACGGUGACAAUGUCUCUUUGCAUUGCCGAGCCCUGGCAGAGCCAGACCCGGAGAUCUACUGGGUCACUCCUUCGGGGGUGAAGCUGAUUCCCUACGCGGAAGAGGCGCGGUACAAGGUGCACCCCGAAGGGACGCUGGAGAUUCGGGGGAUCUCAGCCCGGGAGGCUGGGCUGUACACCUGCGUGGCUCACAACCUCCUCGGGGCAGACACCAAGAGCGUCAGCGUGACGGUCAACCACUCCUUCCCGUUCAGCGAGGACGGCCUGGAGCUGGUGGUGGCGGACGUCCAGGCCUACCACAUCCUGGUUGCCUGGAAGCCACAUCUCAACACCAUCUCCUCCAACCUCACCUGGUCCAGCUUCUCGCUUAGCUCCGACUUGGACAUGACCAACGUGGCCCGGAUCCCCAUGGGGACCCACACGUACAACAUCACCCGGCUCCACCAGGACACGGAGUACUGGGCUUGCCUCCACGUGGCCUUUGUAGACUUGCAGGCCAAGGUGGCUUGUGUGAACACCAGGACUAAAGAGGCUGCCCACCGCUACUGGCUCCUGGAGAGCAGGCAGAGCCUCCUGCCCGUGCUGGUCCUCUGCCUCCUGCUCCUUGCUGCCAGCCUCGUAGCUCGCUACAGCAUCGGGGCAGAGCCCAGGAGGGCCGGGGAGCUGAUCCGGGGCACCACGGCCGUGCGCGUGGUCUAUCCCCCCCUUGCCCAGCCCUGGGCUCGGGGGCAGCGUGGGGGGCAGCUCCUGGCCGUGGAGGUGCAAGCAGCCCCCCUGGACUGCUGAAGGCCGAUGCGCUCAUGGGGUUGAUGGUGGGGUGGGGAGGGAAAAACUAUUUUUUACCAAAAAAAAAAAAAAAAAAACAAAAAGAAAAAAAAAAAAAAACAACCCUAAACUACAAAACUGAACAAAAACAAAAAAAAGAAAAAAAAAAAAGAGGAAUUUCAUGGACUUGACCAAGAGUCGAAGCGGCGUGGCAGAUGGAGAGGAGCAGAGCUGACCACGGGGCUUGCAGAGCUGCUUCGUGGUCCUGUCAGGAUCUGGAUCCGCGUGUAGGGUCUGGAUCCGUGCGUGGCUCCCAAAAGCACCCGCUGGGCAGCCGGGAGGGCUCAGAAGGGCCCGAGCCCAAGGGGACGAUGCCCCGAGCGGUCGAAGAGCCAUACAGAUGAUCAGCAGAUCACCCCUUCCCCAUGUCCCCUGGCACCACGAGGCACCCCAGCGGUGUCAGCUCCUUUGCUGGACAGUCCCUGUUUUGGAAAUACAGAAAAGGCCUUUCCCUUUGGGAUACAUGUUCUUUUUUAUUUGUUUCUUUUUCUUUUUGUUUGUUUUUUUUGUUGGGUUUUUUUUUUUUUUUUUUGAGCACUCAGAUAAUCAACCACACACCCACUCCCAGCGCCUUCCCGCUGCCCUGUCGUUUGCUUGCUGCUGUCAGCCGGAGGGAAGCAGAGGGGAAAGGAGGGGACUUUGGGCAAAAGAAACAGAAAUGAUGAUGGUGAUGCAUCUCUUAAUUGGCCUCUCUGCGGGGCUGGCCAGCUUCUGCCCGAGUUGAUUGGAUCCUGUAUCCUGCAAGUGUAAUCUCGAGGCUAUUUUGUAAACUUUUGUGGAUAAUGUUAAAAAAGGGGAAAAAAAAGGAAAAAAAUUGGAAGAAAAAGA